UCUCAUGAGACUUUCAGGAUCAAGCGAUUCCUGGCCAUGAAACAAAGGUAGAAUCGACCCCCUCUCCAGUGGCUUUGAGUGAAAACUGGUAACAAACUCAGGUACAACUCCAAGAGGAGGCACUGGACAAGAACCAGGCUGGGUCUAUAA